UUAGGUGAGGUGAGCAAAAGCAAGUUUUUAGUACCAGCAACACUUGCAGAUUUGCAUGGCAUAUAUAUAUAUAUGCUCCACGAAUUUCACAUUUGAAUCUCGACUUUUCAUCUCCACGUUGGGUGAGAAGAAAAACCCUCUUUUCUAUUAUGUGAGCUAAAGAGAUCAUUUAAAAAUAACUUAAUUAAAAUUUAAAAGCGACUUCUUUAAGAUAAACUGUAAGACGAUCUCGUCGUUUUAUUCGACAAUUUGCCUUCAUUUUCUCCCCUCUAUUAAUACCCAUAUUAAUUGUCUAUCCAACUUCUAUUCCUCUCCAUAUAUCACAUAAACAAGUUCAUAUGUCAAUGUGAAGACUUAUUAGCUAAAAAUUCACUCAACUUCUUCUAAGAUAAUACCACACCAUGUAUAAGCAGGAAUGCUCAACACGGUCCCCUAAUAAGUGGGAAGAUAUCGACCUACUAAAAGAUGUUCUAAAACACGCUGACCCGUUACCUUCGACUAUCAGCUGGUUGCCUGCUCCACAGCCGGCAUCCAACGCCACUGAAGUUAAUCCACCGUCAAAUGACCAACGAUUCGUCAGCUCCGUGUCGUCGCCGUCAUCAUCUGAUCAAAGCAAUGAGCAGAUUACGGUGUACCAACAAAUAUCCGCUGUUUAUUCAGGGCCGACGGUUUUAGAUAUCGAGAAAGCUCUGUCUGUUACCACGGAUAGUUCGCUACGGCAACAAAGUUCCAGGAUAUCAGUGUUUGAUAAAGAAUUCAGCAAAACUGAUAAUAAGUAUACCAUAAAGAUCAAAAGUAGUAGCAAUGGAAUGGCUGAUGAUGGUUACAAAUGGAGAAAGUAUGGACAGAAAAUUAUCAAGAAUAGCCCAAAUCCGAGAAGCUAUUAUAAGUGCACAAAUCCAAGAUGUGGGGCAAAGAAGCAUGUAGAAAGGUCCAUUGAUGAUCCUGAAACUCUUAUAAUUACUUACGAGGGGCUUCACCUCCAUUUUGCGUACCCAUAUUUUUCUACUAGCCAUACUCAACAAGUUAGUCCAACUUUAAAGAAGGCUAAGAAAACAUUGCUAGAAGGUCUUGUGGAAGACAUGCAAAAACAAGAAGUCACGCAUCAAGUAAGUGCAGAAUCACAAGAUACCUAUCAAAGGCAUAAAACUGAUACUCAUCAAGCAUUAGUAAGCUCUCAAGGAUUACUUGAAGAUGUAGUCCCAAUGCAAGUACGAAAUCCAUCAAAGGGAAGCAUGUUUGAUAUUAGUUCCACUUGUUUUACUUUUGUUCCUUCUUAUAUCACAUCUUCCACUUCUCUUACCUCACCGCCCAAUUAUUUUCCGUUGCUGUGAAUUAAGAAGUUGUCCUUAGCUCUACUGUUUACUUCUCCUUCCACGUCUAAAUUAUAGUAUCAGUAUCAUUUUAUGAUGUAAUAUACUCAGCAUUCAGAUUAGUUUACGGAAAAGAAAUAUUGGCUGACAAAAUCGUGAAAAUAUAUGGUUGUAAUAAUAUUAAUAGUGUACAAUAGGAUCAAAUCAUUUCUUUUUAUAGCUAAGAACUACAAAAAGUUCUA